GCUGGGCGCACCUGAGGCGCAGCUGCUGUAAGGCCCUCAGCAGCCCGUGGCCUCGACGUGCCACCAUGGACGCGUCGCCUGCGCCCCCAGAGCCCUUGCUGGUUGUCCCGCAGCCUGAGGUGCUGGAAGAGCUGCAGCAGGCACAGCUAGGGCCCCUACCCCGGCUCGCCGCCAUCUGUAGGCUCAAGCGGCUGCCCUCAGGCGGCUACUCCACCACAGACGACCUGCAUCUGGUGCUUGAGCGCAGGCGCGUGGCCAAUGCCAAAGAGCGUGAGCGGAUAAAAAAUCUCAACCGUGGCUUUGCCAAACUGAAGGCGAUGGUGCCGUUUCUGCCACAGAGCCGGAAGCCCAGCAAAGUGGACAUCCUGAAAGGUGCGACGGAAUACAUACAGGUGCUCGGCUGUGUUCUGGGAGAAGCAAAGGCCUCGGAGAAACAAGGCCCCGAGGAGCAGACCCACAGUAGCAGACCCUCUGACCCUCAUGUGUCCUCGACUAGAGAGCUCUUGGGAAAAGCUACCCAGCCUACCAGCUGUGCAAGUAACUUCAAGAAAGAAGAAGAGGGGCCUUGGGCAUAUGGUGGCCAUAGUGGGCCAUUGUACACCUAUCAUCAGAGCACGGUCCCCGGGACAAGUAGAUACUUCAUACAUCAAGAGUCUGAUGAAAAAUUCCUGCUAAAAUAGUCAUGUGUAAGUUGAAAAACUCCAAAAGAUUUACCGAGAUGGUUAUUUUCCAUGUAAAACAUGAUUAAAAUGAGAUGAUCUGGGAA